CUGUGGUGGUUCUGUGUAGAGGUAGCAAGAAGAAAAAAGGCAGAGAGGAAUUCGUUGUUUAAUGAGAAUACGGAGCGGCGCUGUGCACGCACCGAGAGGAAAGAGGCUGAAACGAAGGGAAGAAAAAAGUGGGUAUAGAUUUAAAACACAAAACAAGAAAAAGCUGAGAGGGACGCAGACCGGAGACGAAGAAAUCACGCUCCAAUUGAUGAUAAGGGAUUACAAAUUAUUCCUGUUAUUACCGAGCGAACUAUUUCUAGGGGGAAUUGAUGGUGUCUUUACAGAGCAGAAGUCUAACGGACCUUGCCGAGAGGAGGAAUUUGAAUGCGCUCGGCUGAAUCAUGCUGAGGUUGUGGAUAAUAACUUUGGCAAUCAGUUUUAACAAAGUGUGGACAGUGAGGUUCUCUCAGGAGCCAGCGGACCAGUCGGUUGUCCUGGGAGACACUGUAGUCCUGUCCUGUGUUGUCUUCAACUACACCGGCAUCGUUCAGUGGACCAAGGAUGGACUGGCACUGGGCGUCGGAGAGGGCCUCAGGGCCUGGCCACGGUACCGGGUUCUGAGGGUGAUAGACAUGGGUCAAUAUAACCUGGAGAUCUCUGCUGCAGAGCUGUCUGAUGACUCCCUGUAUGAGUGCCAGGCCACGGAGGCAGCCCUGCGCUCCCGCAGAGCCAAGCUAACUGUCCUCAUACCUCCCGAUGACCCGGUGGUCGCAGGCUUCCCGGAGAUCUUGUUGAUCGGCGACGUCCCCUACAACCUGAGCUGUGUGACGCGGGGGGCCAAGCCGCUGGCCGUCAUCGAGUGGGAACGGGACGGGGUGCCCCUGGAGGGCGCCAUCAGCACCACGGAGGUCCUACCAGACAGAAAAAGGGUGACGACGAAAAGCUUGCUACCCAUAAUCCCCAAGGACUAUGACACAGGACACAACUUCACCUGUGUGGCCAGAAACAAGGCUGUGCCCCUGGGCAAAAACACCACUGUCACCCUCAACGUGCAACAUUCCCCCAAGGUGAACCUGUCCAUGCAUCCUCGGUCUGUCCUGGAGGGAGAGAGAAUCACCUUUAACUGCCAGGCCUUCGCCAACCCGCCCAUCAUGGGCUUCCGGUGGGCAAAAGGCGGUGUUCUCCUGGCUGGGGCGAGGGAGAGCGUGUUGAUGACCACAGCGGACCACUCCUUCCACACCGAGCCGGUGUCCUGCUCAGUGUUCAACGCAGUGGGACACACCAAUGUCAGCAUCGUUGUGGACGUACACUAUGGUCCUAUUCUGAAGGUGGAGCCCAGGCCAGUGACAGUGGAUGUUGACUCUGAGGCUAAACUAAAGUGCAAGUGGUCCGGGAACCCUCCCCUCACGCUCACCUGGACCAAGAAGGGCUCUAGCAUGGUCCUCAGUAACAACGAGGAGCUGGUCCUGAAGUCUGUGAGCCAGGCUGAUGCGGGCCAGUACGUGUGCAAGGCCAUUGUGCCCAGGAUCGGAGUGGGGGAGAGAGAGGUCACUCUCACUGUUAAUGGCCCUCCCAUCAUCUCCAGCGAGUCCGUCCAGUAUGCAGUGAGAGGAAAGAGAGGAGAGGUCAAGUGUUUUAUCGCCAGCACCCCUCCACCAGAUAAGAUUGUGUGGGCGUGGAAGGAGAACGUGUGGGAGAAGGAGAAGGGGACUCUUCUGGAGAGGUACACGGUGGAGCAGAGCAAACCCAACUCCCCGGGGGGGGCUGUCCUCUCCACCCUCACCAUCAACAACGUCAUGGAGUCAGACUUCCACUCACCGUACAACUGCACCGCCUGGAACGCCUUCGGCCCCGGGACCAUGAUCAUCACCCUUGAGGAGAACGAGAUAUUUCCAGUUGGUAUAAUAGUUGCUGGAAUCGUCGGAUCCUCCAUUCUUCUCCUGGGGUUUCUCCUGGCUCUAGCCUUCUUCCUGUACCGCCAGAGAAAAGGCAGUCGGCGUGGGGUCACCUUAGGGAAGCCAGACAUCAAGGUGGAGACGGUCAACAAGGAGACGCACAGCUUAGAGGAGGAGACUGGGAACGUUUCCACGGCAACACGGAUGGUCAAGGCCAUGUACUCUUUUCUGCCCUCUGUCUCCCUCUCUCCCUCCACUCAGCCUUUCAAAGACGAUGUGGAUCUGAAGCAGGACCUGCGCAGUGAGCUUGACACCCGUGAGGAGUACGAACUGAAGGACCCAACGAAUGGCUACUACAAUGUCCGCGCGACCACUCACGACGACGCUCGUGCCUCCUCCCGCUCUGUGCUGUACCAGGGAGAGUUUCGGAGCAACCCCGGAGGAGGAGCCACAGGCGCCGCCCCCACCGGUCCAGCCGGCGGCCCGGGUGGGGUAAUGGCUGCAGGAGGAGUCCCCGGGUCGCGGAUGGGGUGCUACGACCCCCGACCCCCGUCCAGGAUGUCUCAUGCUAGCUACGCCCAGUUCAACACCUUCACCAGGACAGGGCAGAGCCAAGGUCCACCCAACAGCUCCCAUCCCUCCCACCCCGCCGCGCAGACCGGCGACUUCCUCGGAGAAUGCAGCCCAUUGGACGCUAACACUAAGCUGACCUAUGACAACUUCGGCUACCCCGCCUAUCGGAUGGGCUUUGCCCCGCCCCUGGAAGGGGGCCCGGCCUAUGAGAUGUACUCAACGGGACAAGGGGUGGGACCGAGGCCAGUCCAAGGACCAAUCGAAGGCCAAGGCCAGGGACCGGAAACUGUGGUGGGGAAGUAUGGGACGUCGACCCGAUUUUCCUACUCCUCUCCUCCUGGUACCGAGUACAACCAGAGACACACGCAGAGGAUGCAGACACACGUGUGACAGAGAUAACCAUUCUAUGGUACACUGUUGGACUGGUUUUCAAACACACACACACACAUACACAGUUAUAUAUACAAACACAUAUAUAUACACACAUAUACACAUUGGUAUUUUCCACACUCCUACCCUGCCACACAACACACCGACAAACAAUUGACACUGUAACGUAACAUUUUGUGUUAUGUUAUGGCCCAGGAGUGGAAAAAGCGAAAGCCACAAUCAAACGAGAGGAGAAGUGAAAUGAUGAGAGGAACACAGUGGGAGAACUUUCCUUAAACAAGGAGAGGAGGAUGGCUUUGGAAGAGUAUGAUUAGUUGACAUGUUGAUGGAAAUCAUCUAGAGGUUUACAUGUUGUCCUUUACUCCUCCUGUCUGUGGGACUCUCCAUCUGCCCAAACUCUCAGCCUAUCUCUGUACAGAUGCUAUGGGAUGAACAUAGGAAGAUUACAUUAUUAGUAAAACUUCUUACAAACUUACAGCAAAUAUCUACAUCAACAGAACUACAGUACACACCUGUUAUACCCUCAAACACUGUUUUACACACUUGCACACACACACACACACACACACAGACACACAUGAACUCACAUCAAAAUACGAACAACGAGCACCUUUUUCACACAGCUUGGCGGCUUGUAAUGGCAGAAACAGAGCAGCACCUCAAUAGCUGCUUUGCAGGCCUGACACCUGAAGACGACGCGUACAGAAACACACAUACACACUCCCUCUGCAUCUCUCUCAUACAUGAUAGGAGACAGAGAUCCUGCUGUGUUCAGGCAUGGGGACAGCUUGUGCUCCGUAUGUGGAGCUUUUCAACCCGCUUCUUCUUGAUGCCGCUACAUACCGCUGUAUGGCCAAAGGGCUCCUUGGAGAAGUUAAGGAGACACGGAGUGCCUCCCAAAUGGCACCCUACUCCUAACGCAAGGCACUGACCAGGACCCGUCGGGCUCUGCUUAACAGUACCGCACCAUCUAGGGGAUAGGGUUAGAAUUGGGACUUGGGCCGGCGUCACAGUGUAGCAGCUCUCAUGCCAACAUGGACAUUUUACCUCUGAUACGAAAGAGGAUUGCUGGGUCAAGCACUUUAACCCCUGUAAGUUACGGUGGGGUACGAUGCACCCCGCCUAGACAGAGUGGGUUAUGGGUACUGGAAUGCGGUUUGGUAAACACUAUGCCACUUAUGUAGGGUAACCUUGGGGAAAGGAUGGAGCUGUAGCAAGCUUCUCCAAAUUCGUCCUCUUCCUCCGCCAUUUUUAAUGUAAUUCCAUACCUACCCCACAUUUCACCCAGAUUUAUAUGGCGUGCUUGGGAAGGUGGGGGAAAGAGCUUUUGUAUUAUUAAAAUGAAUUGCUACGAUUUGUACAAAUGGCCCUCCCCACCUUAAAAGAUUGCUGUAUUCGUCUCUCUCACUUGCACAUUACAGUAGAACAUUUUUCCAUAUUUAUACCUAAAUAUAAGAACUGAAUAGCAUUUACAAACAUUUUGUAUAAUUUUUUAUAAGGAGUUAUGGACCAAAGGUACUGGGUUGUGGGUGACAUUCACUUUUACAAUUCAGUGUUCUGAGACUUCUGUGUCGAGGCCAAACCUUGGAUCAGAACAGUGAGAAACGUCCUUCCUGGAUAUUAGUUUCUAUUCGAGUCCAUCUUUCUUACAUAUAACUCUCUUCCAGACCUGAACGUUCCUUACAUAUGAAAACAGAGUAGAUUAGAGAAUUUUACUGUAAGUGAAGUGUUUGAGUGGGCGUGGUGAGGGGCUUCUUUUCAAAAGAUAAAUCUUCAGUCAGAAAGCAGAUCUUUUUUUCUUCCUCAUUCAAUUUAUUUUCUAAAUAAAUGCCUUCCCUGUAUGAAGUCAGUUUUUAAUCCUUGCAUUAUCGUGCCCGAAAAAGGGAUGUUAUUUUAUUUUUAUUUUAUCCUGGAGUGAACUUUUAUACACUCAUCCUUUACUUUGUUAUGUGUGUAUUUAUUUAACGGGAGUUAUCAUAGAAGGAUGUUGCCUGCUUUCUUAAUUACACAUUAUUUCCUAAAUGAAAGGCACUUCAGUUGACCAGUGUCCAUACAAGACAUAGGGUUCCAUUUGGGACAUAACCUCAGACCAAAACAGUGAUAAUACAUGGCGUAAAACAUAUGCACAACCAGGCCAAACCAGGCAGAAUACCCAGUCUCAUCCGGAACAAACCAGGCAGUACAGAUGUCACCCAGGCCAAACCCAGGCCAGGCCCUGGUGUCUGGUUCCAGUACUGAGUACUGAUCUGUGUUACUGUGUUCCAGAGCAGGAAUGACUGAUUGAGAUGUGAGUCUGACCGUGUUAUCUAAUAGUGCCAAUAAAACGGCAACGAACAAAGCUGACGAACAAACGCAGCAGCCAUUUGUGGGUACAGUACCUGUGUGUGUGUAUGUGUGUGUAGAAGGACGACUAUGUAUGAGUUGUGAAGAGAAAGCAGGAAAGGGACGUGUGGAAAGACCAAAUUAUUCCCUAUUCCGUAUAUAGUGCACUUGACCCUGUUCUAAAUUAAUGCACCAAAUAUGGAAUAGGUUGCCAUUUGGGACAUAGUCAAAGAGCCAUUGUGUGGCUUUAUGCUUUGGACAUGCUGCUGUUGACUGGGUUUAUGCUCACUGGAAGACAUCGCAGAGAAAACAUUUUGUUUGAGAUCUCCAUUCUUCAUAUAGUGCAACGCUUUUCAUUAGGGCCCAUCGGACCUUGGUCAGAACUCCUGCAUGACCAGAUCCCAGUGGACCCUGGCCCAAUGUGGUGCACUAUCAGGGGAAUAUGGGAUCAUUUGGAUCAUUUGGAGUUUGUAUGAAGGAUUCCAUAUCACCACACAGUGGAUAUAAAAAGUCUACACACCCCUGUUAAAGUGCCAGGAUCUUGUGUAAAAAAUUAAACAAAGAUAAA